AUGGACCCCGCCGCCAACUCCAAAAGCAACCACUGCCUCGACGCAGCCAAAGCCUGCAACCUGAAUGACAACUGCAAGCGCCUGCGCUCCGGCUACAUCUCCACCUGCAGCAAGGAGAUCUCGGCCACGGAGCACUGCAGCCGCAGGAAAUGCCACAAGGCCCUGCGUCAGUUCUUCGACCGCGUCCCCAGCGAGUACACCUACCGCCUCCUCUUCUGCUCCUGCAAGGACCAGGCUUGCGCCGAGCGCCGGCGACAAACCAUCGUCCCCUCCUGCUCCUACGAGGACAAGGAGAAACCCAACUGCUUGGAUCUGCGCAACACGUGCCGGACGGAUCACCUCUGCCGGUCCCGGCUGGCCGAUUUCCACACCAACUGCCAAGCCUCUUUCCAAUCCCUGACGAGCUGCCCCGGGGACAACUACCAGGCGUGCCUGGGCUCCUACGCAGGGCUCAUCGGCUUUGACAUGACGCCCAACUACAUCGACGCCAGCCCCACCAGCAUCACCAUCUCGCCCUGGUGCUCCUGCAGAGGCAGCGGCAACAUGGAGGAGGAGUGUGAGAAAUUCCUCCGAGAUUUCGCGGAAAACCCCUGUCUCCGAAACGCCAUCCAAGCCUUCGGCAAUGGCACCGACGUGAACCUGUCCCCCAAGAACCCCUCGCCCCCCGUCACCGUGCCACCAAAGACGGAGAAGAGCCCUGCCUUGCCGGAUGACAUCAACGACAGCAACACCAUCUAUGACACGAGCGUCAUCACCACCUGCACCUCUGUCCAGGAGCACGGACCGAAGCUAAACAAGUCCAAAGAGCAGAGCCUGUGCUACUCAGAGGUACGUUUGGGGCAGUGA